GGAGCAGCAAGAGAAGAUGGCCGCCUUAGUCAAAGAGAACAGGGAGAGGAAAGAACGUGAGAAGCAAGCAAAGUUGAAGGCGAUUGUAGACGAAUAGGCGACGAAGAUGAAGGAAAUAGAGGAGGAGAUGGAGAAAAAGAAGAAGGCUGCUGAAGAAGAAGCGGCAGCAAAAGAAGAAAAAGAAGGAAUAAGGAUUGAAAGCAGAGAAGGGAGUAGUGGCACGAAGAGGGACACAGACGCUGAGAUUGAGAAGAAGAUCAACGAGUGGGUUGCUAAUUUAUCGUUGGGAGAAGAUGACGAGGCGGAGUCGUAUGUGACUGAGGAUGAGAAGGCCGCACUGACCGCUGAGCUGGCAGCCAUGGCGAACCCUAUGGAACGAAGAGAGAGGGAAGCUACAAUGGAAGUUGGGAAUGAAGAGGGAGAAGAGGAUGAGGCGAGAAGAAGUGUAGACAACACCUUGGCACAUUGUUGUCUCAGUGCUCCCGCGUUCGCGCGGUUAGUGAAGAAGGAGCGGUUAGAGGAACAGGUCUUUGUAAUCUAUGUGAGACCUGCCACUGAGGCUAAGGAAGAGGUGACUUCCACAGAUCCAACAAUUGCCAAACUGCUGGAAGAGUUCAAAGAUUUGACCGAGUCGCCGACAAGAGUAGUGCCGCGACCCAUCCGGCACAGGAUAGAGAUAGAGUCUGGCAGUAGAACUCCUAAGGGUGCAGUCUACAGGAUGUCCCCUAGAGAGUUAGAGGAGCUUCGCAAACAGUUAGACGAGCUCCUCGAAAAAGGUUGGAUCAGGCCCAGUUCGUCUCUUUUUGGAGCACCUGUCUUGUUUGUCCCCAAGAAGGAAGGAGAGCUGAGAAUGUGUAUAGACUAUAGGGGUUUGAACGCGAUUGCUGUGAAGAAUGUUGAGCCACUGCCCAGGAUAGACGAUCUUCUAGAUCGGGUGCAGGGUUGUAAGUAUUUCACUAAGAUUGAUUUGAAGUCUGAUUAUCAUCAGAUAGAGGUCCAUCCUGAUGAUCAGUACAAGACUGCCUUCCGGACUAGAUAUGGGCAUUAUGAGUUCAUAGUGAUGCCCUUUGGACUAACCAACGCGCCAGCUACGUUUCAGCGUGGCAUGAAUGAUUUGUUUAGACCCUGGUUAGAUAAGUUUGUAGUAGUUUAUCUAGAUGAUAUUCUAGUUUUCAGUAAGACCCUCCAGGAGCACCAGGGUCAUCUGAGGCAGGUCUUGGAGAAGCUUAGAGAGGCUAACUUCAAGAUCAAUGCGAAGAAGUGCGAGUGGGCCAAGACACAAGUCCUGUACUUGGGCCACGUACUAGACGGAGAUGGCAUUAAGCCAGAGGACAACAAGAUAGCGGCAAUUAGAGAUUGGCCGACGCCCCGCACAUUGACAGAGUUGUUGUCGUUCCUAGGCCUAGCCAACUACUAUAGAAAGUUCGUCAGGAACUUUUCUACUAUCGCCGCUCCCUUGCGCAGGUUGCUUAAGAAAGAGGCAAUCUGGCAAUGGGAUAGAGAUUGUACGUCUGCGCUCAAGAAGUUAAAGCGCGCGUUAAUAGAGUACCCUGUCCUCAAAGUUGCAGAUCCGUCGUUGCCAUUUGUCGUCACCACGGACGCAAGUCAGUAUGGGAUAGGCGCCGUGUUGCAGCAAGAUGACGGCAAUGGUUAUAGACCCGUAGAGUUCAUGUCAGCGAGGAUGCCCUCAGAGAAGGUAGUCACCUCGACGUAUGAGAGGGAACUCUACGCUCUCAGGCAGGCUUUAGAACACUGGAAGCAUUAUCUGCUUGGGAGGCACUUCAAAGUAUACUCAGACCACGAAACUCUUAGAUGGUUAAAGACCCAGGCCAAGAUGACACCUAAGUUAACUACGUGGGCUGCAGAGAUCGACCAACAUGACUUCGAGCUUAAGCCAGUGAAGGGCAAGUACAAUGUAGUUGCGGAUGCUCUAAGUAGAAGAUCAGACUACUUUGGAGCUAUAAUACACUAUCUGGAUAUAGGGAGAGACCUGCAGGAGAAAGUAAAGCAAGCGUAUGCGGAGGACCCUAUCUAUAGCGACCUCCUAAAGAGAGUUAGAGAGGCCCCAGAGACUGAGCCAGAUUACCGCACCACAUACGGGUUGUUGUUUGAGAAAAUUAAUGUGUUUGACCGCCUGUUCAUUCCCAGUAGCGAGGAGAUCCGCAGCCUGAUUUUAGGGGAAUGCCACGAUACCGAGGGACAUUUCGGUUGGCAAAAGACCUUAGCCAACAUGAUGUGUGCGUACACCUAGCUAGGAAUGAAGAAUGACUGCAUAG